AUGCUGGGUGAAGCCGCUGUAGCAGCUGCCCGGGCACUCCUGCGUCCUGCCUGCUCGGGGGCGGCACGCAGUGCGGUGUCGUCUUCUCUCCAGAGUCUGCGGAGCCGAUAUUUCAGCAGCAAGGCUAGCUUGGCCGACAACACCGUUCAGAUGCUCGUUGCCAAGCCCCGCCCGACUCAGUACCAGACUGAAAUCUGCAACCAGGCGACGAAUGUGCAACCGGGAGUCGAGAAGAACCCUACAAAAGGCAUCAUUGCUCUCUGCGUGCUGCUUGUCGCCGUCCCUUGCAUCCACACGAAGCUCGAACUGAGCAAAUACUACAGCGAACAUGGGCACCGCUACGAGACCGGAUGGAACCUGUUCCACUAUGAUGCAGGGAAGAACACCCAUUUGUCGUGA